UUGCAGAAUGUAUUUUCUGCUAAUUUUGAUGAUUCUUUUCACUUGGAAAUUUUGAAGGAAGCAUUGUUGAGAGCAAUCCAUGAUAUUGAUGUAAGGUUUUCUGAGGAAGCCUCUAGAAAUAACAUUCAUUCAGGAUCUACAGCAACAGUUGUAUUGGUUGCAGAUGAUAAGUUUUUGGUUUCCAAUAUUGGGGAUUCUAAGGCUUUCUUGUGCUCUGAAAAUUUUCAGUCUCCUAAGGAAGCUAAAGCCUCCUUAUUAGAGCUAUAUAGGCAGACAGAGCGUGAUGGUUCUGUUUCUGUGUGGGAUCGUGAAAAGUAUAGAUUAGCUUCUUCCCAUGGGCUCAAUCAUUUUGCAGUGAAGGAAUUGACUAGGGAUCACCAUCCAGACAGAGAGGAUAAAAGAACUCGGGUGGAAGCUGCUGGUGGUCAAGUUCUAAAUUGGGGUGGUUUGCCUCGCGUAAAUGGUCAGCUGGCCAUUACACGAGCUAUUGGUGAUGUGUUAUUUAAAAGUUAUGGAGUUAUAUCUGCACCAGAAGUGACUGAUUGGCACUGGUCGGAUCCGCACUGCUCCUAGGGGUGUGGGCUUUAAGAAAUUCUAUGGAAAAAGUUCACGCUCCACCUUAGGAGGUGUCUCUCAAGAUGACCUUCUAGCCCACCUUCAAGCCUUGGAGCAAAAAAUGAAUAUAGAUUUCCAACAUAAAUUACAAAAACAUCUCCAACAACAAAGAACAGAGCUCCAACAACAAAUGCAAAAAGAGAUGCAAGAGGAGAGAGCUCAAAUCCAACAAGGAAUGAAACUCCUACAACAGAUGCAAUUGGAGCUCCGCUCCGAGAGGCCUAAAGAGAUGUUUAUAAAAGAGCAUGUAGAAUCUGUGGGUACGAGCACUAACGGAAGUUGCUCAAAGGUUAUGACUACUGAAGAUUUAACUAAAAAAAUGGAUGCUUCUGAAGAUUACCUCAAAAAGAUUAACAAUCUCAAAAAUUUAGAUAUCUACAUCGCAUGUGUAUCUCCAAGAAUUUCAACAAACUAUUUGGGUUUCUCGAUCCAAAUAGGAUACUAGUUCACACAAAACCGGCCGAAGUUAUUCAAACAUACAUACAAAAUAAGUUGGAUGGAGAGCCAAAAAAAUGUUAUUUAGGACCAUUGCUAAAUAGCAAUCACUGGCAAUUGUUUGUCAUUUGUCCUGAAGAUAAUAUUAUUUUUUGGUUUUGUUCAUUAAACAGAUCUCCUAAGAAAAAUAUUAAGGUCAUAUUGGAGGGAGCUCUAGAAGGUUAUCAUUUAUUAAGAGGUAUUAAGAAGAAGAAGCCUAAUUGGAAGAAUAUUAUGGGGCAUCAACAAGAUAACGGAUGGGCAUGUGGAUAUUAUGUCAUGAAAAAUAUGUUUGACAUUAUUGAUGCUUGUAUUGUUGAAAGAUUCAAUGAGAUAUUCACAGACACCUCAUCAUAUGAAAAAGAGUCAAUUGAUCACAUCCGACAACUUUGGGCUCAAUUCUUUUUGCAAAAGGUUGAAGAGCAAGAGAACCAGGAAAAGAAAGAUUUAAUGACAAAACAGAAGCGAUUAAAAAAAACUUAUAUAUAGAUAUAUUUUUGUUCCAUGAAUGAUUUAUUGGUACAAGUUACAUGAACAAAGUGGUUGAAU